AUGCUAGCUAUAAAUUUACAGCUUGUAGGUACUUCUCUUCUAUUCUACCGCCUGAAUUCACAAACCCAAGGCUCUCACUUGACACCUCAAACUAACCCUUUCUAUGCAGUGGUCCGCAGUCCUCAAAAGCUCCAGGAUAUGCUUCGCCAACAACACAGGAUAUCUGAAUCUACUCUUCAGAACCACCUCACAAUUGGGCAAGGAGACGUAACCGAUGUCACUUCCGUGCGACAAGCACUUUACGGACCCUACGAGCAACCCGUUGACCUGGUCAUCUCGGGAAUUGGUGGGAAAAUGUCGUUCAGCAAUCCUCUCCAACCGACAUUAGUCAAUCCGACAAUCUGUGCCUCUGCAACACGAACCAUCCUUCAGGCAGCACACGAUCUAUCUGCACCCAUCUUGGAACAAACUCAUAUCAACGGCGUGACCGAGGUGCGGUUGAGGCUGAAAUGA